AAACCAUAGCAACUUGAGGACGAGAGACAAAUUAAAUGGGGACGAUUCCUAUACAACACAGGACAACCAUGACUUCGACAGCUUAAAGAUAUCAAGCUGACAUCGAACCCCUCCGUUACCCGUCUGGCUCGUCACUGUCGGCUCGAACUCUGGGUUACCUCCUCUCUGCCUGUCGCCCCUUGCAACAUGGAGAGCGUCCACCGCGUCACUGAAGGCUGACCCGAAAAGGAACGAGGCGCUCCAGAAGAUGUUCCCAAGUGGCCUUCUUGCGGACGCAGCAGCUGGCUCUCGGAGUGCUUUUUUAUGACUAGUAUUGUAUGCGUGUGUCUGUGGGCACAUCCUAGCAGCACAACCUGCCUAUUCUUCAGGCUGGGGGACGUGCUACUCUGAGACUGGAGCCAGAGCGACACGCAACGGAAAAAAGGAAGUGCAGCUCGUCAAAAGAGCUUUCUGAUAGACGCAAGGGGGGCACUUCGGCUGUAGUUUCAGCUUGUUCGAGUGUCUUCUGAACCAUUGCACAUUUUUAACAGCGACACCUUUCCUCUGUCUACUGAGAUUUGUCUCCCUCCCCCUCCCUAAAAAGUAUCCUCAUCCGUCGUUGUUAUUGGAGCUUCUAUGGUUUGCAUGGCUGGAGAAUAACCGUGGAGAGGCCAGGGUAUCACAAGCUUAUGGAUUUUGAUAAGAGAGGGGGCAAGGGAGAGACAGAGGAAGGGAAAAAGAUGUCUAAGACAGCAGGCAGCAGGACUGGACAUGGGGGCCGGAGUUCAGGGACCAAUUCUGGAGUUCUUAUGGUCGGCCCAAACUUCCGCGUGGGUAAAAAAAUCGGCUGCGGGAACUUUGGAGAACUGCGGCUGGGAAAAAAUCUCUAUACUAACGAAUAUGUGGCCAUUAAAUUGGAACCUAUUAAAUCCAGGGCGCCACAGCUCCAUUUGGAGUAUAGAUUUUACAAACAGUUGGGAAAUUCAGAGGGAAUCCCACAGGUGUACUACUUUGGCCCUUGCGGGAAAUACAAUGCCAUGGUGCUGGAGCUGCUCGGACCCAGUCUAGAGGACCUGUUUGACCUCUGCGACCGCACCUUCUCCCUCAAGACCGUCCUCAUGAUAGCCAUACAGCUGAUUACACGGAUGGAGUACGUCCACACCAAGAGUCUGAUAUACAGAGAUGUGAAACCAGAAAACUUCCUGGUUGGGCGGCCAGGAAGCAAGAGGCAGCACACCAUCCACAUCAUCGACUUUGGUCUGGCCAAAGAAUACAUAGACCCCGAGACCAAAAAACACAUCCCCUACCGGGAGCACAAGAGUUUGACUGGAACGGCACGAUACAUGAGCAUCAACACACACCUGGGAAAAGAGCAAAGCAGAAGGGAUGAUUUGGAAGCACUGGGUCACAUGUUCAUGUACUUCCUCCGAGGCAGCCUCCCGUGGCAGGGCCUAAAGGCGGACACUUUGAAGGAGAGGUAUCAGAAAAUUGGGGACACCAAACGAGCGACACCGAUUGAAGUGCUUUGUGAAAGCUUCCCUGAAGAGAUGGCCACCUACCUGCGCUAUGUGAGGAGGCUGGACUUCUUUGAGAAGCCUGAUUACGACUACUUGAGGAAGCUCUUCACUGAUCUGUUUGACAGGAACGGCUACGUCUUUGACUAUGAAUACGACUGGGUCGGCAAAUCACUUCCCACACCAAUAGGUCCUAUCCCCAGUGACACGCCUGUGCAGCCCAGCAGCAGAGACAAAGCACAACAGCAGACCAAAAACCAGUCGCCUGAGCCGAAAGGAAGUGAGUCUCAGCCCACUCCCGUGACCAAUAAGGAGACUCUGGGGUCGCACCUCACAGCUGAGCGGCUGGGGGGCUCUGUUCAGGUGAUGAGCUCAACGAAUGGCGAGCUGAACACUGAUGAUCCCACAGCUGGACACUCCAACGCUCCCAUCACCGCUCCCACCGAGGUUGAAGUGGCUGACGAAACCAAGUGCUGUUGUUUCUUCAAAAGGAGAAAGAGGAAAGCCCUCCAGAGGCACAAGUGAAAGAAGAGAAUGGAGAGAACUUGAAACAUUGUGGUCACUGUCAAGUUUUAAAUGGAAGCAACUACACAGACCCCCCCCCCCCCCCCGACCCCACCCCCCUGUUCCUAUCUCUGUCCAGCUUCCCCCCUUCACCUCUUUACCCCUUCUCACUUUAUUUCCCCUGUCACUCUGUACCUCGCUCGCUCUCUCUCUCUCCCUCUCUCUCUCGCUCUCUUUCUCGUUCUCAGUGCUCCCCGGCUACUGGCGAGUCUAAAGGAAUGUUGCGGUCCUACCGACUACACAACAGACUCUUGAUUCCUUUACGGACAACAAAAAAAAUUAAAAUAAAGUACCUGCAUUACAACGGGGGGCUUGAGAAAAAGUUAAAAAAAGCUGUAACAAUGAAACUCGAAUACCGUGGCGUGAAUAUGAAAAAAAGAUGCUGUUUGAAACAGUUGUUGUAUCCUAGAUUCCAUAAAGAGCGCGUAUUGUUCCAACAGUCAGCUGUUGAUCAGGGGGAACCGUCAGUGGUUCGAGUGAAAGAAAUCUGCUCCUUUAGGAAAAAAUGUUUAUUUUUCUUUUCUUUUUUUCUUUUGGUGUGUGUUUUGGGAUCAAGGGUAAAGAGGAAAAGGUGAACUAUGCUGAUGUUCAAUCUGAGAGACACAGGAAGCAUUUCAUCUAUAAAACAAGAACCUGGAGGAUUUUUAUGUAUUUUUUUCUUUUCUUUUUUUUUCUGUUUUUUUUUUUCUUUUUUUGUAAUUGAAUCCUCAGUUUUUUCGAAUCCCUGCAUUGAAAACUUGUUUUUAUGUUGUAGUGUUUCUGGAGUUGAUUUUUUUUUUUUUUUUUUUUUUCUCUCCUCACUCUGGCUUUCUUUUUGUCUGUCAACGUGGACUUUGUAGCACAGUCACUGGCCUCAGGUACUGUGGAAGAUUGAGAGAAACAGAUAUUAAGCUCUCUUAUUAUUAUUAUUGCACUUUUGGAAAAAAAAAGAAAACAAUUACAGUGGUAACUUUAGGUUUGAAAUUAACAAUUAAGAAAACAACUUAAUAAAGACUGAUCUAGGAAGAGUCCUCACAACGCUUAUAUCUGAGUUAUGGCCGAGAAAUGUUGAUUUACAUGGGGGAGGGGAGGAUGGGGGUGGGUGGGAUAUGUCUUUCAACUUUUAUUUCUUACAUCAAAAUAAUUUACCAGGAAAUCAUAGUUUGUGCCUUUCUAAGUAAAAUGUUUAAAGCUCAAGUGAGUGUCCCGCAAUGACAUUUUAUCUAAUCUGUCCCAAAUGCUCACUGGAUUACUGUGCAACUGUGUGUGUAUGUGUGUGUGCGCUUGCGUGUGUGUGUGUGUGUGUGUGUGCACGUGCAAAUCUGCAUGUUUUUGUAAGUUGAACAUGUGUAUCGACUGUGUGUGCACAUCCCUCACUAUCACCAACACUAUAAGCAGUAUACAUUUAUCCCCCUGACCCUCUGCUGUGACAAUCAACACAUCUGUACAGUGGUGGUGUUUGGUUUGGAGAGAAAUCAGGGCUGUGUGUGUGUGUGUGUGUGUGGUGCCAGCUCAAAGAGAUCUAGCAGACAGCAACCUAAAUCUGUUUGAACCAUUGUUUCAUUUUUAUCAGGUCACAGACAGACAGACAUGCAGCUCGACACGGUUUAAUUGUUUUAUAAGUUACAUCAUGUCACUAAAAAUUAAUUGUGGGCUGCUGUUUUUUGAGCUGGAAAAAGAUCAGAACCAUCACAAAUUGAAAUUGUACCAGCUUGGAGGGGGAAAAAAACAACAAUAAUUGUCAUUUUCUUUUAAGUUCCAUGCUGCAGUUUCAUGUGUGUCUUUUUUAAAUUUGUGAACUUUUUUUUGGUUUCCUGGACAAAAUUAGAUGUACAGUAUGUCUAACGGGUUGAAUCUCUGUCUGUGUUCAAGAUAUAUGUGCAGCCACUUUAAGUCUCCCCUCAAGGUUUUUAG